AUGAAGCGAAUUCUGCUUCUGCUGCUGUGCUGUCUGUGUUGUGUUCGAGGCCUGGUAAGGAUACCUCUGACUAAGAAGCCCUCUCUGAGGAGCCAUUUAAGAGCCAAUGACCAGCUGGAGGACUUUCUAAAGGAUCAUCAGGUGGAUGUUUUCUCCCGGCGCUACGCCCAGUGCUACCCACCGACCUUAGUGUCUCUCAAACCGGGCAAAGCUGCAGAGAGACUGUACAACUUCAUGGAUGCGCAGUACUUUGGUCUGAUCAGUCUCGGAACGCCAGGGCAGAACUUUACGGUGGUGUUUGACACCGGCUCAGCUGACCUAUGGGUGCCCUCCUUCUACUGCGUCAGUCCAGCAUGUGCUUCGCACCACAAGUUCAAGGCCUUCGAGUCCAGCACCUACAUUCGUGACGGCCGAGUCUUUGGCAUCCAUUACGGCUCUGGACACCUGCUGGGGGUGCUGGCUAAAGACCUGCUGAAGGUGGGCUCACUGGCUGUGGAGAAUCAGGAGUUCGGGGAGUCCGUGUAUGAGCCUGGCAUGUCCUUCGUCAUGACCAAGUUUGAUGGUGUUUUGGGGCUGAGUUAUCCCACCCUGGCUGAGGAACUGGGAGCACCUGUCUUUGACAACCUGAUAAACCAGAACAAAUUGGAGAAGCCCAUCUUCUCUUUCUAUCUCAACACAGGUCCAGGUAAUGAGGGAGAGCUGUUACUGGGAGGUGUGGAUGAAGACCUUUUCGUUCGCCCUAUUAACUGGUCCCCGGUCACUGUAAAAGGCUACUGGCAGAUCAAAAUGGAUGCAGUGAAGGUACAGGGGACCACUGCCUUCUGCAGUGGUGAUGCUAACAGUUGCCAGGCAAUUGUUGACACGGGAACGUCUCUGAUCGCUGGGCCGACUAUGGACAUCCUGAUCCUUCAGCAGCUUAUUGGAGCUACACCAACUCCCUUUGGAGAGUUUCUGGUAGACUGUUCUAGGAUCAGCAGCCUGCCUGUGAUAUCUUUUGUACUUAACGGAGUGGAGUAUUCUCUUACUGGAGAAACUUACGUCAAGAAAGAUGUAGUUGGUGACAGAGUGGUCUGUUUGAGUGGCUUCCAAGCAGUAGACAUCACAUCUUUAUUUGGGCCGCUGUGGAUUCUGGGGGACGUAUUCCUCUCUCAGGUCUACAGUGUCUUUGACAGGGGUCAAGAUCGGGUGGGCUUUGCUCAACUCAAAGCUCGCCCUACUGAAUAAAGGACCUCCUUGGGGUGCCAGGCUCUCUCUGACUGCAAGAAG